CUUACAUUACGUCAUUCGCAACGACGACAACAAUAACAACGCUAUCCUUGUCAUGUUCCUUGAGUGCACCCACUGUGCAAAUAUUAAUAAUUAUAUGUAAACCAUACAUAAUAUUGUAUGAUAUUUUUUUUAAAUGUUCAAUGGGUGUAGCAAUGCAGUAAGGAGUGUUGUGGCUAAUUUCGUGAGAUAAUUAAGAGCCGCCAACACAGCAGGACACACGUACCAGCCAUGGCUCAGCAAAGAGGAGUCAACAGUCUGCAGUUUAACCAAGAUCAGAGUUGCUUCUGCUGUGCCAUGGAAACUGGAGUCAGGAUUUACAAUGUGGAACCCCUAAUGGAGAAGGGUCACCUAGAUCAUGAGCAGGUAGGGAGCGUGGCGCUCUGCUCCAUGCUGCAUCGCUCCAACCUGCUUGCCAUCGUGGGAGGAGGCGUCAACCCGAAAUUCUCUGAGAUCUCAGUGCUUAUCUGGGAUGAUGCUCGGGAGUGCCGAGACUCCAAGGACAAGCUGGUAUUGGAGUUCACCUUCACUAAGCCAGUGCUGUCUGUCUUAAUGAGGCAUGACAAGAUUAUUAUCGUCCUGAAGAACAGGAUCUAUGUGUACAGUUUCCCUGACGACCCUGUCAAGCUGUUUGAGUUUGACACGCGGGACAAUCCCAAAGGCCUGUGUGAUCUGUGCCCCAGCAUGGAGAAGCAGCUGCUGGUCUUCCCUGGACACAAGUGUGGCAGCCUUCAGCUAGUGGACCUCUCCAAUACUAAGCCAGGCACGUCCUCAGCCCCCUUUACCAUCAACGCCCACCAGAGCGAGAUCGCCUGCCUGGCACUGAACCAGCCAGGAAGCGUGGCCGCCUCGGCCUCCCGGAAGGGCACCCUCAUCCGACUGUUCGACACCACCACUCGGGACAAGCUGGUGGAACUGCGGCGGGGCACUGACCCAGCCACUCUGUACUGCAUCAAUUUCAGCCAUGAUUCGUCUUUCCUCUGUGCUUCCAGCGAUAAAGGAACCGUCCACAUAUUCGCUCUGAAAGACACCAAACUCAACCGCCGCUCUGCGCUGGCUCGUGUGGGAAAGGUGGGCCCUGUGAUCAGCCAGUAUGUGGACAGUCAGUGGUCCCUUGCGAGUUUCACCGUGCCAGCCGAAUGUGCCUGCAUCUGCGCUUUUGGGAAGAACACCUCCAAGAAUGUCAACUCUGUUAUAGCCAUUUGUGUGGAUGGGACAUUCCAUAAGUACGUCUUCACCCCAGACGGAAACUGUAACCGCGAGGCUUUCGACGUCUAUCUGGAUAUUUGUGACGACGACGAUUUCUGAGUGUGGAGAUGGAGAAUCAUGUGAAGGAACCUGUUGAUUAGGGCUGCGGAUGGAAAUGUGAAGCAGCAGCUUUUUAAAAAAAUUAAUAAAAAUGUACGACUAUGAAGGGAAGAUGUGCGAUUAUAUAUGAGAAUAUGGGUGAAUGAGGCUGCUUUUAAGUCAUGGUUUGUAUGUAAUCAUAUUUAAACAAGUGUCCUCUGUAAAGAAUAAAGAAUGUUUUAUAAUUA